CCUAGUUCCUCCCACUUUGCUUUCAGCCAUUCAAAGGAGGCACAGGACAGUUAUAUAAAGCAAGCUGGCUUUUUCCUCUUUUCUGUCCUAGUUCAGUCUCUCUUAAAAGGAGAUACACGUUCACUGAACUGCUUUGCACCUUGUUAAUAAAAGUUUUAAAGUUUGGUUGAUUCUCUUUUCUUGGAACACCUGAAGUUUAACUAUGGGAACAAGUGGUGGUAUCAGUUGCAUCAAGUACUUGAUGUUUGGCUUCAACUUCCUGUUUUGGCUUGCAGGUACAGGAGUCCUGGCUGUUGGACUCUGGCUGCGUUUUGACAAGACGACAUCGAGCCUGUUUCAAGUGGAAAACUCCCCUUCCACAUUCCUCAUUGGUGUUUACAUCCUCCUUGCGGCUGGAGCCCUCAUGAUGGUGGUUGGGUUCCUUGGGUGCUGUGGAGCCCUGAAAGAAUCACAGUGCAUGCUGGGAUUGUUCUUUAUUUUCCUGCUCAUCAUCUUUGCAGCAGAAGUGGCUGCAGGCAUUUGGGGGCUGUCCAACAAAGCCAAGAUUGUAGAAGAGAUGAAGCAAUUCUACAAUCAGACCUUUAAUAACUACAAAACAACAAAGCAGACAGCACUGAAAGAAACUUUGACAGCCAUUCAGUAUGCUCUUCAAUGCUGUGGUCCAACUGGAACGGCUUUGGAUGGUGUUUCAGACACCUGUCCCCAGCAGCAGGGUUUGUCUGCCAUAAUCACGACGAGCUGCCCAGCUGCAAUAGAUGACCUGUUUAAUUCCAAGAUGCACAUUAUUGGAGGUGUGGGCAUUGGUAUUGGUGUGAUCAUGAUCUUUGGCAUGAUCUUCAGCAUGUUGCUGUGCUGUGGUAUCAGAAGAACACGAGAUGUUGUGUAGAGAAGCUUGCAUGCUACCGGUGUGGCCUUUAACUGUAGGUGAUGUGUUCAAUGCCACUGCACAGUGAUUAAACAUUUUGCUUAAUAUAUUAAAUAGUUUCUAAUGCAAUUGCAUAUCCAGGUGAAACUCACCAGAGACAGCUCUUCAUACCCCUGAGUUUUAUCAUAACCAAAUUAUCUGGUUUGCUUGUAAUAUAUAUUUUAAAAUGUUCUUUUUUUUGUGCUGUGUACAUGGUCAUUUUAUUUUCAAUGUGGAAACACUUAUUUAGCAGGAUUUUUUUUUUUUAAAAACAUAUUUUCUCCAUGUAUCUACUGGAGUGAGGAAAAACUAAAUAAAAUCGUCUAAUACA